ACUCCGAUACAAACGACACCGUAUUGCAAAUUGAUAACACUCCAGUCCCCAGUCUCCUCUUCGUACCCAGAUUCGAGUUCGUAUCCUAUGUAACAUCCGGCUUCAUAAAUUGUCUCAGUUUCCUAAUUCCACACUGCCCACCUUCCAAUUUCAAACCCCUUCACUAUAUUUUUGGUAAUUUCUGGCUCUCAAGCUCUUUCAGACAUAAACAUAUGCAUAUUGAGGGUGACGGUGGGAAAUAAGAACUUGAAUGAGUAGGCGACAGGCGUGACAAAUUGGCUGUUGUAGUCCAUGUGUGAAUGGAGAAUUCGUCGACGACUCUUGAUGGAAAAGGAUUAAUCAAGAAGAAUGAGUUUAUUAGGCUGAUUAUACAGUGUUUGUAUUCUUUAGGGUAUGAAGAGUCUGCUGCUUGUUUGGAAUCGGAAGCGAAUGUUUCGUACAAAUCUGCUGAGUUAAAAUUGCUCGAAUCUCAAGUUCUUGGUGCUGAUUGGGAUGACUGUGUAGAUACUCUGUACGGAAUAAAGGAUUUGACAGAUGAAGUAAGAGCUUCAGCGGUGUUUCUCGUCUUUAAGCAGUGUUUGUUGGAGAUUUUGAGUAGGGGGGAUGAUACGAUGGCGUUGGCUCUUUUGCGGAAACAGAUUUUAAGUUCAAACAUGGGCAGAGAGAAGGUUCACAAACUUGCUUUUGGGAUGCUUGCGAGGAAGGAGAUGGUAAAAGUUGAAGAUCAUAUCAUCUGCGAGUUAAGAAAAAGAUUGCUUACAAAAUUAGAAAUAGUGCUUCCACCACCCAUUGCACUGCCCGAGAGAAGGCUGGAACACCUGGUUGAAAUGGCAGUUAGCGCACAGAUAGAUUCAUGCAUGUAUCACAGUGCUUUUGCUUCAGUAACUAUUUGUGAGGACCAUCAUUGUGGUCGAGAUCAAAUUCCAACAGAAACCUAUCAGAUUUUGACUGACCACACAAAUGAAGUUUGGUUUGUCCAAUUCUCGAAUAAUGGGCAGUAUUUGGCCUCAUCAAGUAGUGACUGCUCAGCCAUUCUUUGGGAGGUCAUGGAUGAUGGUGAACUGAGACUGAAACACACCCUACAAAGCCACCAGAAUCCUGUGUCCUUUGUAGCUUGGAGCCCUGAUGACACCAUGUUGCUCACAUGUGGGAAUGCCGAAGUCCUUAAAAUGUGGGAUGUGGAGACAGGUACAUGCAAACACACAUUUGGUGAUCAAGGCUUCAUGGUUAGCUCUUGUGCAUGGUUCCCUGAUUCGAAGCGACUCGUGUGUGGCAGCUGUGACCCUGAAAAGGGGAUUUACAUGUGGGACACUGAUGGCAACGAGAUUAAGGCUUGGAGAGGCAUGAGGAUGCCCAAGGUUUUGGAUCUUGCUGUGACUCCCAAUGGAGAAAGUCUAAUUACCAUUUUUUCAGAAAAGGAAAUUCGAGUUUUAAAUCUGGUGACAAAUGAUGAGCGUGUCAUCUCUGAAGAGCACCCGAUCACUUCUCUUUCUGUAUCAGGAGAUAGUAAGUUUCUUCUAGUAAAUCUCAACAGUCAAGAGAUUCAUAUGUGGGAUAUUGCUGGCACAUGGGCAAAACCCUUGAAGUACAAGGGCCACAUGCAACACAAAUACGUGAUACGAUCUUGUUUUGGCGGGUUCAAUAGCAAUUUUAUUGCAAGCGGCAGUGAGGAUUCAAAUGUCUACAUAUGGAAUAGACGUAGUUCUGAUCCUCUGGAGAUCUUGGUUGGUCAUUCGAUGACCGUUAAUUGUGUGAGCUGGAAUCCUAAGAGACCAAAUCUGUUAGCAUCAGCAAGUGACGAUCAAACAAUACGAAUAUGGGGACCUUGCAGUUCUGAUAGUAGGAAGCUUUUAGAAUCCAACUGAGCAGGCGGAUCAAUGGGAACAAGAUGCGCAUGCGUAUAUGUUGGACUUGUAAUUACUCGUUCUCUUGUAAAUGUGUUGCAUGCAUUUUGUUGAUUAAAUUUUUGGUAUGCAAAUCCAUUGUAAAAUCUCCUCCCCUCCGAGUCUCCUAUGAGUUCUUUGUGAAUUUUGUCCAAGCUGCUUUAGUUUUUCGAAGACGAAACAUUGCUGAUGCAGUUUUGCUGUAGCUCUUGGCUCAUGUUGUUUAUAGAACAAUGAACAGCCAGGGCGUUUUGAUUUCUGUUUUGUUAGGUGGUUAUCAGUUAAAAUAUUGUGUAGUGUGUUGAGUUCUUUUGUCACUAUUUUGAGAAGCUCAAAUUCUUUUGCAAUGCUGCUGUUUUAUUUGGCUUACAUUGUGAUUGUUGAAAUUUAAGGACUCUUAUUAGAACAACCUGCAAAUUUUGUACUCUGUAUUUUGAUCAACUUCCAGAACUCAUAACAUUUUGUGUUUCACAUAUUUAUUUAUAGAAUUGUAGUUUUUAAGGCCA